CGCGGCGGCUCCGCCAGGCGCUCGCUGCCCGGUGGAUCAGGAGGCGCUGCCCCGGUGACCGGAGGUCGGGAUGGGCCGGCGCUCCUCGGACACGGAGGAGGAGGGCAGGAGCCGCAGGAAGAAGAAGCACCGGCGGCGCUCCUCCUCCAGCAGCUCCUCGGACAGCCGCGCCUACGGCCGCAAAAAGUCGGGCCGGAAAUCCAGGUCCAGGUCGCGCUCCCGGGAUCUCCCGUCCUGGUCCCACUCCUAUGAGAAAAGGCGCAGACACAGAUCCAGCAGCAGCUCCUCCUACGGCUCCAGGAGGAAGCGCAGCCGCUCCCGGGGCAGAGGCAAAUCCUACAGAUCCCAAAGGUCCAGGUCAAAGAGCAGGACCAGGAGGUCGCGGUCGCGGGCACGGCAGCGCUCCUACAGCCGCAGCAGCGAGAGGUCCGGCCACAGGAGAACGCCCAGCGGGUCCCGGGAGCGCCGCAAGGGCAGGGACAAGGACAAGGACAAAGCCAAGGACAAGGGCAAAGGGAAGGAGAAGGAGACCCACGGCACCAAGGCUGGGGACUCUGCAAACAUCAAAGCUGGAUUAGAACAUCUGACUCCUGCUGAACAGGCCAAGGCCAGGCUGCAGCUGGUUCUGGAGGCAGCUGCCAAAGCAGACGAAGCGUUGAAGGCCAAGGAGAGAAGUGAAGAAGAAGCCAAGAGAAGAAAGGAAGAAGACCAAGCCACCCUCCUGGACCAGGUGAAGCGAGUGAAGGAGAUCGAAGCCAUCGAGAGCGACGCCUUCGUCCCUCAGACCUUCAGGUCCAGCAAAGAGGUCAAAAAGUCAGCAGAACCUGCUGAGCCCCACCAGGAGCCUGUGAAUGUGGGAGCAGGAGCCUCUGAGGCAGCUGCUGCUGAGAAGGAGCCUCCAGCUGCCAACAUCCCCACUGCCAUCAAGUACCAGGAUGACAAUUCCUUGGCACACCCAAAUCUGUUCAUGGAGAAGGCAGAGGCUGAGGAGAAGUGGUUCCAGAGGCUGGUGGCUCUGCGCCAGGAGAGGCUGAUGGGGAGCCCCGUGGCCUGACAGCCCCCAGGACAUCCCAGGCCCUUCCCCACCUUGGGAACUCCACACUCUGCUCCUCUUCUUGUCUCCUAGAGGAGAUUUCAGUGAGCUGGGCAGCCAGGGAGGGUUUCACCUGGAAAACCAGGAAUGUCCUGCCCUGCUCCACCUGGAUAACUGGGAAUGUUCUCUCCUGGUUCCCCUGAAUAACCAGGAGUCUUCUGUCUUGGUUCCCCUGGAUAACCAGGAAUGUUCUCUCCUGGUUCCCCUGAAUGACCAGGAAUGUCCUGUCCUGCUCCACCUGGAGAAUCAAGAAUGCCCUUGCCUGCUCCACCUGGGUAACUGGGAAUAUUCUGUCCUGGUUCCCCUGGAUAACCAGGAAUGUUCUCUCCUGGUUCCCCUGAAUAACUGGGAAUGUCCUGCCCUGCUCCACCUGGGUAACUGGGUGUGUUCUGUCCUGGUUCCCCUGACUAAGCAGAAAUCUUCUCUCUUGGUUCCCUUGGAUAACCAGGAAUAUUCUCUCCUUUUUCCCCUGGCAAACCAGGAAUGUCCUCUCCUGGUUCCCCUGAAUAACCAGGGAUGUCCUGCCCUGGUUCUCUCCAAGCUCAGUGCUGGAGAUGGGCAGGGCAGCACAGCCAGGGGCAUUUCCUUUUUUUUUAGAGGGAAUUCCUCAGGUGAGGAGCACCUGGCAGCCCAUCAAAUAUCAUUUUAUCCCUCCCAGUGGAAUAUCAUUUUAUCCCUCCCAUUGAAAUAUCAUUUUAUCCCUCCCAAUGGAAUAUAAUUUAUCCCUCCCAAUCCAGAAGGUUUCCCAGGGCCAGGUGGGAGCUGGGACAGUGAGGGAUGUGUGGAGCCAUCCCAGGCCAUCCCUGUGCUCCCCUGCAGAGGAUCCAGGCUCCAUCCCUGCCAUCCCUCCCUCCUGGGCAGGGAAUCCUCUCCCUGGAUGUGUUCAUCCCUCUGCUCCCACUUCUCACUCUGGGGGAAUGCUCCACGUUUCCUUGAGCAUCUGCCACUCCUGCAGCUCCAGAUGGGGAAUUUGAUCAGCUCAUCAUUUCUGGAAUUACCAAAUGAUGGAAUUACCACACACCUGCUUCUGGGCAGGGGCUGUUCCCAGCCCGUGGACUUCCCUUGGGCCAGGGGGAUUUCAGAUAAUCAAAGUUUAGUCUGAACAUCUCAAUUUAGCCUGGACAAACUUCCACAAAAAGCUGCCCAUCAUCCAUCUGAGUGCAGGAAAUCAACCAAAUCAAAUCAAUAAAGUACAAAAGUGUUUCUUCAGCAAGGCUGGGAGGAAAUGGUCACAUAAGGAGAGGAGAAAGCUGAGCCCCAGCUCUGGGUGUGCUCCCUGGAGCUGCCCUGCACCACCAUUCCCCUGGGAUUUUUGGGGUUAUUCCUCCUGGUUCUCACAUCUGUGGUGACAAAAAAUGGAGGCUGACUCUGCAAAUGGACUUUGGUUGUUUUAUUUUUUGUUUUAGAUCCUGGAUGUAAAAAAAAAAUGUGUUGAAUUUGCAUUCUGACAUUUUUACUUCCUUUAUGAAGUGUUAGUUUGACUCUAUCCUGCAUCAAAAUAGCCCAAGACCUUGUCUGCAGGAAAAAGUGGGAAAAAUUUUGUUUCCCUUGUUUCAUUUCAGCAUUUUUAAAUGGUAAUAUUUGUCAUUGCUGCGUUUUCUCAUCACCUUUUAUGUUUCUUUCAUAGAAAAUAAAAACUGUUUGAUGCCCAUGGAA